AUGAGCGCCCCCACCCCCCUCCCCCCCACCGCAACCACCUUCCUAACCCCCUACCUCCCGCACCCCACCGGCGGCCACUACCCCUUCACAACCCUCACCUACGCCGUCUCCCUCGACUCACACCUCUCCCUGUCCCCCGGCACACAAACACACCUCUCGGGCCCGCUCUCAAAGUCCCUCACCCACCACCUGCGCACGCACCACGCGGCGCUGCUCAUCGGCCUCACCACCGCCCUCUCCGACGAUCCCGGCCUCAACAGCCGCAUCCCCGGCACCCCGCUGUCCGCGCAGCCAACGCCCAUCAUCCUCGACCCGCGCUUCCGCUGGACCCCCACCGCCACCACCCGCGUGAUCCGUACUGCCGCCUCCGGCGCGGGAAAGCCCCCGUAUGUGCUCGUGCGCGCGGACGCGCCGGAGCAUGCGGACAAGACGGCGGUCAUUGAGGGGGUUGGCGGGCGGGUGUUUCGUGUGCCGGUUCCGCCGGGGGGCGCGGAGCGCUGGGAGUGGGAUGUGUUGUUGAGGUUUAUUAGGAGGGAGUGUGGGGUUGAGAGUGUGAUGGUGGAGGGGGGCGGGGAGGUGGUGAAUGCCCUGUUGGAGGCGAGGAACCAGAAGUUGGUGGAUAGUGUGGUGGUCACGGUGGCGCCGGUGUAUUUGGGGAGGGGUGGGGUGAAUGUGUCGCCGCUGGGGAGGAUAGGGAGUGAGGGGAGGAGGGUGCCGGCGGCGAGGUUUAGGGAUGUGGCGUGGUGUGUGUUGGGGGAUGAUGUGGUGAUGGCGGCGAGGCCGGAUGUGGAGAUUUGA